AUCAACUACUAGCUGGCUAGUUAGAUAAUCUAGUCUGCACGUUUAUUUUUGCCCAGGCGAUUGGGAAAUAAAAAGAUCUAACCGUUUAGUGAUUUAGUGGACGUUAAGCGCAAAGAUCAUAAUGCGGCGCCUGGGUUCAGUGCAGCAAAAAAUCCCUUGUGUUUUUCUGACGGAGGUAAGAGCAGAACCAUCCAGAAAACGCGACUGUCAGCAGUUCCAGGUGGUCGCCACUGACAACGUGAACCCCGUCGCCCUUGAUGCGAACAUCGACUGCGCUGUUGCCACUGAGAAGGUGGAUGGCACAUGUUGCUAUGUCACAGCACACAAAGGUAAACCAUACCUCUGGGCUCGCUUAGAUCGGAAACCCACCAAGCAGGCAGACAAGCGGUUCAAAGUAUACCAGUACUCUCAGAAGACCUGUAAAGGUUUCACAUGGAAUGUUGAAGAAGAUUUCAGAGCAGUGCCAGAUUCCUGGAUCCCUGCACAUCGGGUUCAGCAGGAAAAUGGUCAUCCCAUACCCGAUGAACAUGGGCACAUCCCUGGAUGGGUUCCAGUUGAGAAAACCAACAAGCAGUACUGCUGGCAUGCCUCUGUAGUCAGUUACGAUGCGGAAGUAGCUCUCGUUUUGAGGCCCUACUGUGAGAAUGAAGAUCUGCUGGAAAUCGCCAGUGUUCCCCUGGCAGACCUCAUGGAGCAGACGCUGGAACUUAUUGGGACAAACGUCAACGGAAAUCCGUACAGCUUAGGUAGCAAGAAGCAUCCGCUGCAUGUUCUGGUGCCUCAUGGAAUCCUGAGGGUGAGGAAUGCGCCGCCAGUGGUUUACCAGCAGCUCUACUCCUGGUUCCAGGAAUGCCAAGACGGCUGUGUGGAGGGCAUAGUUUGGCACUGUAAUGAUGGGACUCUCAUCAAGGUUCAUCGCCACCACUUGGGUCUGAAAUGGCCUAAUGGUGAUCCCUUCCUUAACUCCCGACCUGUUGUUAUUCACAUGGACAUGAUGGAGUAUAAUCAGGACAGUUUGUCUGACUCACAGCAGAACUUACUCAAUGCCCUGUCAAGAUUCAAUGGUCACCACUUCAACUCUUUACGGGAGAUUCAUCUUGAUGCCUGAUCAGUUAAGGUGGACCAAGGAAAUGCAAAACAUUCCUACUUCAAUGGUUCAUUUUUAAUUUACAUUGGUUCAUCUCUGCCAACCCUUAAAUGUUACCAAGAUCUGAAAGUUGUCUAUUGCAAUUCUUCACAAAACAUAUUUAAAGGCAAUUAAUGAUAUCUCUGCAUAGCCAUCAAGUGCCUAACCUAAAACUGUGGAUUCAUUCACUCUCAAUUUUAAGAGGGGAAAAUGGUAGAAAUUGUCAGCGUUUCCAUCAGCACUGAUAAAGCAAACACAUGGAACUCAUUGGGAUGUCAAAAAAAUAAAGUAUUUGAUGAACAUUAGGUGUGGUGAUGAUACUAUUUAAACGAAAUACAUAAAUGAACUGAGUCAUCUACCCCCAUGUAAACUGAUGUAAUAAAAUAGUUUUAACA